CUUAAAUGUGUAUCAAUGGUAAACCUAAUUUAAACAAUUCAGAAUUGCAAUCAAGAGCUACAGAAAAGUCCCAGAGGGCAAAAAUGGCCUUUAGACCCCACUUUUUACUAAAAAGUUCUCACGGAGUUGUUGCAACUUUCAUAGCCAUGACAGGCAUAAAUGGUAAUGUGGGGGGUUGGUGUUUGGUAAUUUUGGCACAGGUUACAAACCAGAUCUGAUCAGGGAAUUUUAUUCUGUGGAAUUAGUUUCUGUAUCAUUUCCCCAUUUUGUGGAUGAUGGGAAGGUUAGUAGCUCUAUAAGAAGCUUGGGAUGGCACAUUGAGCCCUAGGUGGUCCUGGCAGACGAAGAAAACAAACCAUUCUGAAUCAGCUUGUAUAUCUCCAUCAUCUCAUCACUUCCAUCAUGAAGUUGCUGGUUUUGUGUGUCCUGGUUUUCUCUGAGAUGGCAUGGGCCGGAGCUGAUCCUGUUCCAGAUGAUGGCUCUGCUGAUGAAGAAGCAAUGGACUUGAUCCAGAGAUCUGCUUCUUGUCCUUCUGGCUGGUCUGAGUACAACGGUAACUGCUACCACUAUGUUUCCAUGUCCAUGAAUUGGGCUUCAGCUGAGAGGCACUGCAUGUUUAUGGGGGGACAUCUGGCAUCAGUUCAUAACCCAAGGGAGUACCAUCAGAUUCGGCAUGUGAUAAGAACGGCAACUUAUAGGUCCGGACGUACAUGGAUUGGAGGCUAUAAUGCACAGAAGACAAGCAUUUGGUUUUGGAGCGAUGGAAGCCAAUUCUACUACACAAACUGGUGUCGAGGAGAGCCUAACAAUUGGCGAGGCGAACAGCACUGUUUGGAGAUGAACCAUGAUGCUCCAAAGUGCUGGGAUGACUUAGGAUGUUGGGAACGUCUCCCAUCUGUCUGUGCCAAGAAAGUCUGAGCAGUCCGAGAGGAAGCCUUUUUCUGGUAUAAAAAGCAUGAACCAGAACCGGUGGAGGAUGCUUUAUUGUCUUUCAGUUAUUCUACCACAUAGAAAUCCUGUUUUCUAAAAGCCAUUUCUUCUUUUACUUCAUAUAAUUUCUCCUUUUUUCUAACACAGUAGAAUAACCCACACAUAAACAACAGUUAGAUUAGAGCAGAGUGAAUGUUUUAUAAGUGGUGAUUUAAGUAAAACCUUCUUUUCUUUAGCCUUGCAUUAAAUAAACUUUUGAAGCAUGAAAACAAUAUAAUGUAUACAUGUAUGGUCUAUUCUGUCUUCAUCUAGUCAUAUUAAGUGAAUUUGUAUGUUUUCGUUAUAAUUAUGAUUAUAAUUAUAAU